UUCUUUUAAUCUCAUCGGUGAGAAUAUGCACACGAUGAUGAUCGAACUCUUCGUAGCCAUGAACGAAGAUGAUCCAAAGUUUCAGAACUUCAAUUGCUGAGAAUUUCUCUUCUUUCCUAAUUUGAUUUCCAUCUCAAAUCCCUUGGAAUUGACUUUCUUCGUUAUCAAUUUUGUUUGUGGUUGAUGAGAUCGAUCGAAAGGAUUUUCAACUGUAACCUAAUCCGAUUGUUUGUUUUCUCUGUGUUCUUUAUGCUUCAAUUUUGAUUGCUGGUGUUCUUGAGUUUUUCUUAGUUCUUGAAGAUGUUUUGGUUUGGAUCCGGUGGAUUUGCCGCAUGAAUUGGACGAAAGGUUUGGGUGCGGAUCGAGCGCUUAGAGAGUAGAGGAAGCUGAGCAGCGGCGCUGAAACAUGUCUGCCAUCGUGUGCGGGAAGAGAUCCUUAUUUGAAGACCUGCCUACGCCUCCCGUUUCUAAGAGAAUUCGUUGUUCGUCUUCUUCGCCUGUGCGGUUUUCGCCUCCUAGAUCAUCGAAUCAGUCUGUUUCUCCCUUUCCCCAGACGUCGUCCUCACAAUCGGCGUAUUUAGUCGAUUAUCUUCGAGCAAUUUUUCCUGAUAUGGAUAAGCAGCUUCUAGAAAGAGCACUUGAAGAAUGUGGUGAUGAUCUAGAUUUAGCCAUUAGAAGCUUGAACCAGCUUCAUUUAGGAUAUAAUGACAGAAACUUGGGAAGUGCUUCAAACUCCUCUGAUGUGGCUUUGGAAGCAAAUGUUCAACCUCAAUCUCAAGACACACAAGGAGAAGCUGCAAUUGCGGAGGAUGCAACAGCCUCUGAGAAUCUUCCCACAAAUGGUGCAGAAUGGGUGGAUCUCUUUGUGAACGAAAUGACAAGUGCCUCAAACAUGGAUGACGCACGCAGCCGUGCUUCAAGAGUUCUUGAGGUUCUAGAAAAGUCUAUCUGUGCCCGUGCAAAUGCAGAAGCAGCAAAUAAUUUUCAUCAGGAAAACAAGAUGCUUAGGGAACAAGUGGAAGCCCUUAUUCAGGAAAACACUAUUCUCAAACGAGCUGUCUCUAUCCAGCAUGAACGUCAAAAGGAAUUUGAAGGCAGGAACCAGGAGUUGCAACAUCUCAAAGAAUUAGUCUCUCAAUACCAGGAGCAGUUGAAAACACUUGAGGUGAAUAACUAUGCACUUACAGUGCAUCUUAAACAAGCUCAACAGAGUAGCUCCAUUCCAGGGCGUUUCCACCCUGACGUUUUCUAAUUCGGAAUUACUACAUUGACACUGCGAAGAAAUUCUCUUAUGGAGAAAGCUUCACUGCAUUGCGAACUUGGCGAUUUUCUUCGAAAUUGCAAGGUAAAUAACUUACUAGUUGGAAAGUCAUAAAGCGAGGUUGCUUUAGGUUAAAAAUCACCCAAAACUUUACGAGAACGGUUUAGUCCAUAUACUUUGGUUUAGUCUUUGUGCCAUUUAGUUUUCAAACUUUUAACGAGCUUUUCAAAUUUAUAACAAUUUAGUUCUUUAGAAAAUCUCAUUGAAUUUGAUCAGGUAACAACUUUGACAUCGAAAAUCUCAUUGAAUUUGAUCAGGUAACAACUUUGACAUCCUUUGACGUGUGGUUUUAAACUUUUUGAUAAUUAAGCUUAGGAAUGCCACUUUCAUACCUACCAAACAGGGUCUUAGUUUUUAUAAUUCAUAAACAAAGUUUCCAUAACCAAUUUGAAUUUAUCAACCUACAUUUGUAAGAAAUUUUAUCAAAUUUUAGUUUUUUUUCUAUAGAGGUUAGAUGGUAACAAAUUAUGAAGUACGAGGAUUAAAUUGACAUUUAUGAAAGUUAAAAGAGUCUAAAUUGUUAUAAACAUGAAAGUACAUAAACUAAAUCAGACAAUAAUGAAUUGAACUUAGUAUGUGCUUAUUCGUGGAGAAUUUCAUCAAUGAUAAUUCGAAAAGUAGACUUUAUUUAAUUAUA